UGGGACACAACCUGAGUGUUUCUAGCUCCACAGAAUGACUGUUCACGGGUUGUUUUGAUGUAACUGAUCAAGGCUGCUUUUUCUCGGGCGCUGUUGAUCUUCCUGUAUUAUUAUUUAUCGAAAGCGGAAAUCAUUUUGCUGUCACCUGAUAACGGAUAAAGGGUUGACGGCCGCCUAAACCAUGGAGUCCAUGCUCAAUAAGUUAAAGAGCACCGUUACCAAGGUGACGGCUGACGUCACCAGUGCCGUGAUGGGAAACCCUGUGACGCGGGAGUUCGAAGUCGGCCGCCACAUUGCCAGCGGAGGACCGGGGAUGAGCUGGAGAAUCUACAACGGCACGAAGAAGUCCACCAAGCAGGAAGUAGCAGUCUUUGUAUUCGACAAGAAGGUUCUCGACAGAUAUCAGAAGUUUGAGAAGGACCAGAUCAUCGAUUCACUCAAACGAGGAGUUCAGCAGCUAACACGUUUACGACACCCACGCCUUCUCACAGUCCAGCAUCCUUUAGAGGAGUCAAGAGACUGUCUGGCGUUCUGCACAGAGCCUGUGUUUGCUAGCUUGGCUAAUGUGCUGGGCCAGUGGGACAAUCUGCCUAGUCCUGUUCCCACAGACAUCAAAGAGCACAAACUCUUCGACGUGGAGACAAAGUAUGGCUUACUACAGAUUUCUGAGGGAUUGUCGUUCCUGCACAACGGGGUGAAGAUGGUGCACGGUAACCUGUGUCUAGAGAACAUCAUCCUGAAUAAGAGUGGCUCUUGGAAAAUCAUGGGCUUCGAUUUCAGCAUCUCUUCCAGCAACCCAUCAGAUGCAGAGCCCAAAUACGUAUGUAAAGAGUGGGACCCCAAUCUGCCCCCUCUCUGCCUGCCUAAUCCGGAAUACGUGGCUCCGGAGUACAUCCUGUCUGUCAGCUGUGACUCUGCCUCUGACAUGUACUCGCUGGGUGUGGUCAUGCAUGCAGUCUUCAAUGAGGGGAAGCCGGUGUUCAAGGUCAAUAAGCAGGAUAUUUAUAAGAGUUUCAGCAGGCAACUAGACCAGUUGAGUCGUCUGAGUCCAGGAGUGCUGAGUAAGAUCCCGGAGGAAGUGCGAGAGCAUGUGAAGAUGCUGCUGAGCGUCACAGCCAACGUGAGACCAGACGCAGACCAGGUGACGAAGAUCCCAUUCUUUGACGACGUGGGUGCAGUGACUCUGCAGUAUUUCGACUCAUUGUUCCAGAGAGACAAUUUACAGAAGUCCCAGUUCUACAAAGGCCUUCCCAAAAUCCUUCCCAAGCUGCCCAAGAGAGUGGUAGUGUACCGGAUCCUUCCAGCCCUCACCUCGGAGUUUGUGAAUCCAGACAUGGUGCCGUUUGUGUUGCCCAACGUGCUGCUCAUAGCAGAAGAGUGCACCAAAGAAGAGUACGUGCGUCUGAUCCUACCAGACCUCACCCCAGUGUUCAAACAGCAAGAACCCAUUCAGAUUCUGCUAAUAUUCUUACAAAAGAUGGACCUGCUUCUGACCAAGACGCCGUCUGAGGACAUCAAAAACAGCGUGCUCCCUAUGGUGUACAGAGCACUAGAAGCUCCGUCUACUCAAAUCCAGGAGUUGUGCCUGAAUAUUAUCCCCACCUUUGCCAACCUGAUUGACUAUCCGUCCAUGAAGAACGCACUUAUCCCCCGUGUCAGAUCGGCUUGUUUACAGACUUCCUCUCUGGCAGUGAGGGUGAACUCCUUGGUGUGUCUCGGGAAGAUUCUGGAGUAUCUAGAUAAGUGGUUUGUCAUCGACGAGAUCCUGCCAUUUUUACUUCAGAUCCCCUCCCGUGAGCCUGCUGUCCUCAUGGGCAUUCUGGGCAUCUAUAAGUGCACAUUUACCCAUAAGAAGCUAGGCAUCCCAAAAGAGCACCUUGCAGGAAAAAGUCUGCCUCAUCUGGUUUCCCUUAGUAUCGACAACAACCUUAAUCUCAACCAGUUUAACUCUUUCAUGGCCGUGAUCAGAGAUAUGCUGAGUCGGAUGGAGGCGGAGCACAAGACCAAGCUGGAGCAGCUCCACAGCAUGCAGGAGCAGCAAAGGAGCCUUAACCUCAACCAAAUAAAUGCAUCCGAAGAGACCAAGAGCAACCCCAGUCCACCCAGUCAAGUUCGAAACAUCGAUGACAUCUUUGGCGGGAGCUCGACGAGCACAGGAGUGAACGGCAAAGAGAACGGCUCCUCCACUGCCCCCUCCCAGCCCUCGAGAGUGUCUCUGACUCUGGAGGAGAAACAGCGCUUGGCUAAGGAGCAGGAGCAAGCGGCCAAACUGAGGAACCAGCAACCUCUGGCUCCACAGAGCAUUAAAUCUGCGACAACAUCCACAUCUACACAGGCAAAAGACCUGACCAGCAGUCUCCUGAACAACAUGAGCUCGUUGAACAGUCUCUCGCUGACCUCUGGCUCUCGAACAGCACCCAUGCAGACGGGUGCACUCUCAUCUGGCUUCCCCUCCACACCCACUGUGGCUGGCAUGGGCACCAUGGCUCCCAUCAGCAAUGGCUUCAACCCUCCCAUGGGCUUCCAAACAGGAGGCAUGGGCAUACGGCCUACCGCGCCCGGCCUCUACGGAGGCAUAGCCGGCACCAGCAGUACAGCAAACUUCAGUGUCCUCUCGCAGAACCAGAAUCAGUCCAGCAAGGCGGCUGACAUGUCCGCCCUGGACUCUCUGUUCUCAGGUAACAAGCCCAAAGUCAGCCUCAACCAAAUGGUCCCCAAACCAGCUGCCGGCACAGCACCCUCCCCCUGGAUCAACCAGUUUGGUACAGCCCAGCCCUCUCAGACUGCGCCCAUGCAGGCAGUACCGAUGGGAAUGACAGGGGCGCAAGGAGGGUUCGGAAUGCAGGCUAACCCUUUCUUCAGCCCUCAGAACUUCUCUCAGCCCGCUGCUGCUGCUCCCACCAUGCAUACAGGCAUGCUUAAACAGAGCAUGUCGGUCAACAACGAUCUGAAAGACCUCUUCGGUUAAAAGGCUUCUUGUUUCCAUCUGUCUAGCGACAGGAAGGUUAAAGGAGAUGAAUUGAGACAGACCAUUGUUUGUUUGUUUUUUUAUUGUGCUGGACCUUGCAUUCAAUCAGAGGAUGACCACCAGCCUUAACCAAGCAGGGUCACGUCACACUAGUCUUACAAGUUGCACUCGUUUUGCUGUCAUCCCUGUCCGAAUAUUGCCCGCUAGGCAGAAGUGUGUUCCUUUGGUUUGUUCUCUAUCAUCUCACACACACACACACAUGAAAGCAGAAUUUUCCCCAAAUAAGGAGAAGGCAUGGAUAAAGCAAUGGAAGUGCUUCACCUGAGGAGGAAGCCAAUUUACUUGAAUGGGAAAUGGUGCAGGAAUUUGCUUUUUACUAACUUUACACCAACUUCUUGGUGGACUUUUGGAAGAGCGAGGAAAUGAAACACAUGAGUAGGCUCUGGUCAAAAAGAAAUAGAGGGCCUGCUGAUUAUUUUAUAGCUUUCACAACAGACUUCCACAUUGUUGCUCAAAGUUGCUAGCUAGCGACUGUUACCAGAUUGUUCCUUUGGUGAAGUAACACCACACCAGGACUUCGGUUAAUGAUCUAAAUUUACAUCCGUCCUGACAACUAAAAACGCAAAGCGGAUAUCUGCUGGAACUUCUGCUUAAAAUAGAAUAAUAAUUCCCUUCGUGACACAUUCUUUAUAGCGAGGUGUAGGUCAUGCAUUCUCAAGUUUGCGCCAUUUUUAUAGUUCUAUGCUAACACUCACUCAGCUGUUUUAUUCUUUUAGCGUCUAACAGACUGAAUUCAGCAGAAUUUGAUACCCAAACAUUGGCGAUUGACGAGUCGUUGGUUUUCAAUUCGAUUUAAAAGUCAUUUUUGUGUACAACUCCUGGCAAAUAUUAUGGAAUCGCAACACUUAGAUUAUGAUCACCAGGCUUGUUGUACUUCGUGUGCUAAUAAACAAAUCACAACAAUCUUUGUUUAAUAGCUGAACAUUCUCGUUUUGUGAAACAUACCUCAUGUUAAAGUUAAAUGCAAUUAUUUUAAUCAAUGGUAUUUUUUUUUUCUUUUCCCAAAUCAAUUAGAGGAAAGAAAUGACAGAAUCACCUUGUAAUUUGCAUUUCUGAAACAAAUACCAGCACAAGUCUAAAAAUUGCUAAUUAGUCUGCAGUUAAACGAGUGCUUUCAGACCUUAACCUUGGACUUUGUGAAAGGAAACAUGGCACCAACAAUCGAGUUGUCAGCUAAAACAAUGGAAGGGAUUCUAAAACUCCUUCAAGACGGAAAUCCAACAUGGAGUGUGGCAGAAGAUGUCGGUUGUUCCCAGUCAGGUCUAAAAUGUGGUGCAAGUAUAAACAAAAUGGGAAAGUUAUAAAAGGAGAACAUACGGGUAGAUCAAAGAAGACGGCAAACAUCAGGAUAGAAAACUCAACGCAAUACGCCUUGAAAAUAGAAAAUGCUCAACAAAUGAAAACCCACAUGGGUGGCAACAGGAGUCAGUGUUUGUGACAGAACUGUAAGAAAUCGGCCGAACGAAAUGGGAUUCGCAUGUAGAAAAGCCAAACGAAAACCGGCACUAACACAAAAGAAAACAAGGUUACAGUGGGCUAAAGAGAACAAUGAUGGAGUGGAUGAUCGGAUGGAAGUGAUAUUCGGUGAUAAAUCACGAAUCUGCACUGGCCAAGGAGAUGAUGAUGGAACUUUUGUCUGGUGCUGUUUUAAUAAAACAUAUGAAGUUGACUGAAGAAAAUAAUCAAAUUUCCUCACUCAUCUGGUGAUGAUAUGGUGUUGUAUGUCAGGACCUCAACAGUCAAAGCACAGGUGUACACUGAAAUUUUGGACACUUUUCUCAUUCCAUUGAUAGUAAAUAGGCUUGGUGGUGAUGGUCAUUUUUCAGGAUGAUAAUGCAUCUUGCCACAGAGCAAAAAGUGCUACAGCUUUUCUGCAGGAAAAGGCAGAUCAACUCAACGCCAUGGCCGGCAAACAGUCCGGAUCUCAAUCCGAUUGAAAUUUUAUGUGGAAAUAUGAAAAACUGGUCCAUGACAAGGCUCCAUCCUGCAAAGCUAAUCUGUCAAUCGCUAUCUGAGAAGGUUGGAACCAGCUUGAUGGAGAAUAUAGUUUUUCAUUAGUGUAGUCCAUGUCUCAAACAAUUCAUGCCGUCAUAAAAAGCCCAAGGAGCAGCAACAAAGUACUAAUAAUCGUCCAUAAUCUUUUGCUCUACUUGAUCAGGGGGAAAAAUAUGCCAAUAAUGAAAACAGUUUCAGGUAUGUUUCAGAAAGGCAGAAUGUUCAGCUAUUAAACGAAACCUGUUUUGUGUCCCAUCUGUGAUUUGUUUAUUUGCUAUGAAGAAAAUCCGGGUGAACAUCCUCCUAAGUGUGGUGAUUCCAUCAUUUUUGCCAGGGGUUGUAAAACUACUCUAAACAGCAAUUUGAUUAAGAAGUGGAGAAAUUUAAAAAAAUUCCCCCCAUGGCCCUCCCUCAUAUUUCUGUUACUGAUAGGCAUCGCUUUCGAUUUGUAAUAUUUGAAAUGCAAUUCGGACCGACGCGUUUGAUUAUACAUUGUUUUAGUUCUUUUUAAUAUGGAAGCUGUUGCAUGAGGACUAAUACUAAUCGAUACAUCUAGGAAGUUCCCUCAAUCGAUCCAGUCCCCCAAAUUUUCAGUAUAUAAUACUGAUAUCAUAGCAUGAUGCAUAAUGCAGUGAUGCACACUCAUCAAUUAUUUGAUAUUGACAUUUCCUCAUUUCCCAGUUGCAGAGGCUGGUUGUAAGGGUGGAACAAUACUUUGGCUUUGGAUAAAAUUGAGAAGUUUGUUGCUUGACAUCACAUGCUUUCAUGGCAUGUGUAUAAACACUCACUGACCACUUAAAUAGGAACACCUGUACACCUGCUCAUUUACAGUAUGCAGUUAUUUCAUCAACCACUCGUGUGUCAGCAGCACAAUGCAUAAAAUCAUGCAGAUACAGGUUAAGAGCUUCAGAUAAUGUUCACAUCAGACUUUAGAAUGGGAGGGGGAAAUCACCUGGUCUUUUUCAAGUCUUCAACUGUCCAGUUUGGGUGAGUCUGUGCCCAUGAUUACUGACAGCCUCAGAUUCUUGUUCCUGGCUGACAGGAGUGGAACCUGAUGCAGUCUUCUGUUGUAGCUCAUCCACCUCAAGGGUCAUUUCGUGCAUGCUGAGAUGCUUUUCUGCCCACCACGGUUGUAAAGAGUGAUUAUUAUUAUUAUUAUUAUUAUUAUUAUUAUUAUUAUUAUGUCAGCUCAAACCAGUUUGGUCAAUGUCCUCUGAUCUCUCUCAUCAACAGGCCGUUUCAACUUGCAGACCGUCUGCACGCAGGAUGUUUUUUUGUUUUCCGCACCAUUCUGGGGUUUUUCCUCACCAGUCUCGACUCUAGACAGAAAUUGUAAAAUCAUAAGUGUGCAAUUGGGUUCAUUCUGAUACCAAUCCACAGUUUCGGGUUCGCAUCAGAGCUAGAUCAAUAUUCAGUGUAGGAUCUGUGCAUCACUUCUCACCACAGGUUUACCGCAAGUGUUGAAGGAGUAGAUAAAUCACAAUUCUGGUUGUUCAGAUGUGAAUCAUGUAGUAUUUCAGGAAAUGACCACAUUACCACACUGGUGCUUGUACCAUGCUGUGUAAAUGUAGUCCUGACAACGGAUGAUAAAGUGCGAGGAUACGAAUGUGUUUAAAUGAGAAUGAGGGAGAAACGUUUGUAUUGUUACACGUAUGCUGGAGUUAUUAUGAACUGACAGUGUGCUAUGGUUCGAGUUUGAGCGUAACGGAGCAAAUUCUCGUCGGUUGCGACAGUCCGCGUAGGUGGAGAAAUUCUUGGACCCAGAGAUCAGGAACGAUUUCUCUAUAUGGGUAUAAGUUGGAUUCUAGACCACUUAGAAAGCUGCAAGUCAUCGGUCAAGUGUAGCGUACGUGUAGGUUCAGUUUGCGUCUGGCUUCGUGUUUGUCCGGCUGCUGCUGUUUGUGCGCGUAAUGUCUGUUUAGUGUUUGCGUAUCUCGUUACUGAUGUGAAAGUAGCAUUGACACUGAACGGAUUCAAAUGCUUUAAAAAAAAAAAAAAAAAAGAGAGAAGAAAAUCACACAUAGACCAACCUAACCUUUUAAUCUUUAUCAUGACCAAAUAGAUAUCAUGACUGUGUAUUAUAUUUACAUAUCAUAUGAAUGAAGUGUAUAGUAAACUGAGAUUUAUUUGACAUUGGUUGAGUUUUAACAAAUAAUAUAAAUGAUCUUGGGAUCACUUUCAUAAAGGGGACCUCUGAGUACAAAUGUACAAAAGAAAGAUGAUUUAUGACGAGAGGUGUGCAAUAAUGGGUCUUGGAAGGGUUUUGUAAAAUUGGCUUGAAGUCGAUGCGUGUCUUAAUCACAUUGCGAUCUUCGUAUAUGGACAGUAUCGAAUCUGUAUAAUUCACCCGCGUUUCCUUAAUUCAGCGUUUCCAGUUACUGUCGAUUUAGGCUGAAAGUAAGUCCGUAAACUUGAACAGAAUCUCAGAAGAUCUUUGUAUUUCAUCCGUUUCCUUUUCAACUUUCCUUUGCUAUGUCAUGAUCUGGUUUCAGUUUCUGAUCAGUAAUUUGACCUCUAAAUCAAAAGAAAAGAAACAAAGCCUAUUCUUCUAUCUUUAUAUUCUACCAAUGUAAUAUGUGUACAGUGUGGCACUUUUGUGAACUUUGUAUCGUGUUACGAGAUUGUACUGUCUGAAGUUGACAAUUUGAUGAAAAAAAAAAACCAAACAAACAACAACAAAAAAAAAAACAACAAAUCUGUAAAUAUUUCUCAAAAUACACACGCUGAUGUUCUCUUUGAAGCUUUUCAGUCAUUUUCUCGAAACAGAUUUGAUUGUGUAGAUUCUUAAUUGCAGUGUAUAGUUUUGGACAGAAAAUAGAUUUGAAGAAUAACCAGAAGGUUGAAAUAAAGAUCUUCAAACAACGAGAA